AUGUCUUCAUCAACCGGCAUGCCAGCGGCGACGACAGCCGUUGACGUCCAGCCAGUUCUCACACUAAAGGGAAAGGUCAUCGCGGUCACCGGCGGUAACCGCGGCAUCGGUCUCGGCGUCGCAGAGUGCUGUCUUCUCAACGGCGCCGACAAGGUGUACUCGAUCGACCUCGCGGAGCCCGGUGAAGAGUUCGCGGCGGCCUCCAAGCAGUUCCCCGGCCGCCUGUUCAACGUGCAAGCAAACGUGACCGAGGAGGAGAGCAUCACCGCCGCCAUCGACAAGAUUGUCGAGGAAGCCGGCGCCAUCCACGGCGUCGUCGCCAACGCCGGCCGCACGAACCACAAGGCGGCGCUGGACUUUACCAAGGAGGAGAUUGAGACGUUGUUCGGUGUUAACUUGUUUGGAGCCUUUUACACAGCCAGAGCCGCGGCGAGGGCGUUCAUCAAGCUCGGCAUCAAGGGAUCUGUGGUAUUCACGGCGUCUAUGGCAUCUUACCGCCCCAACAAGCGCGUGCCCUCGGCACCUUACGGCGCCUCCAAGGCCGGCAUCCGCAACAUGGCCCACACGCUGGCGAUGGAGUGGGCAAAGUACGGCAUCCGCGUCAACAGCGUCUCCCCCGGUCUCGUCCGCACCGCGAUGACCUACUGGGUCCCGCAACAGCCGGACUGGGAGCAGCAGCUGAAGUACUACGGAGGCAUCCCAAGGCUGGCGGAGGUUCAGGAGCUGGGUGGCGCGUACGUCUACCUCCUGAGCGACGCCGCGAGCUACACCACGUCGAUAGACAUUCCCGUCAACGGUGUUAUUGGAAUCUGCUGA